GCGGCGUUACAGUCGAUUUGACCUACUUAAGAAGUUCAUUGUGGUGCGGUUUCUGUCCGGUUGUGCCGUUCGUGUGUGGACGCUGAACUGCAACUUCACGUAGGACGCUCGUCUAAGGUUUUCUUUACGCAAGCGUCUGUACUUUAGAGACACGGUUCGUGUAAGGUAACCCAACCUCUGUCCCAAAGCAUCCGCAAUGGCCCGUACGAAGCAGACCGCCCGUAAGUCGACUGGUGGCAAGGCCCCCCGUAAGCAGCUCGCCACCAAGGCGGCGCGCAAGAGCGCCCCUUCAACGGGCGGCGUCAAGAAGCCCCAUCGCUACAGGCCUGGCACUGUGGCCCUCAGGGAGAUCCGUCGUUACCAGAAAUCUACCGAGUUGCUCAUCCGCAAGUUGCCCUUCCAGCGCCUCGUUCGUGAGAUUGCGCAGGACUUCAAGACUGAUCUCCGCUUCCAGAGUGCAGCCAUCGGAGCUCUCCAGGAAGCCAGUGAGGCGUACCUGGUUGGUCUGUUUGAGGACACCAACCUUUGCGCCAUUCACGCCAAGCGUGUGACCAUCAUGCCCAAGGAUAUCCAGCUGGCCAGACGGAUCCGCGGGGAGCGUGCCUAGAGCUCCUCUGCCAAGGGACACACUCCUCUUCUUCGCCCCGCUCGUCGUCCUUGCUCUACUCUCUCCACGUCAUCGUCAUCACGCGCCUGUCCCCCCCUUUGUCUCGUCAUUGGCCUCUGCUCCCUUCUGGUGGCAGCCAUGCACUCAACCGGCUCCAUUGUCCAGCAGCAAGCAGGGCCCACACGCCUGUGCCACCUGGUGUCGUGUGCAGGAUGUGUGUGUAUGUUGCCACACCUGGCUGCAUGUGCGAGUGGCUAGUGUUUCUGCUGUUGCCACACAAGCCUGCACCAGCGUGUACAGAUGCGCCCUCUCACACGCCCAAGGACGUGCCGUGUCAACCCAGUGUUGUGGCCCUGCUGUGUAUUUAUCCCACUACACGGUUGCCAUGAGCUGCCUCUACUUUGCAGACACUUUGCAUCCUCUGCGUUUUUUUUUUUAAUCUCAAGGUGAAAUUGGCCUGCACUCAGCGAAGUUUUGUUUCCCGGUUGAGUUCCCAGCUUCUUCUGCUACCUUGUUUCUGAACUCGUUGGUUCUCCGUUGUUUUGUUCAUUUCAUAAAUCAUGCCAUCGUGUAGUGUUGCAUUGACUGUUGGUACGCAGAUUGCAGCAGCUUUGCCACAUGCAAAAGUGGCCUCAGCCACUGUGGACCAGAGUCGCUCCUGCAUCGGCCAUCCUCUGCUAGACCGGCCUGGGGGGCCUGCUUGCAGAGGAUCUUGCAAAGGAUCUGGAAAGUUGUGCAUAUGAGGGGCUGUGAAGAGUCUCCCGCAAGGAUUCACGAGUGUCCACAAUUCCUCGGCAAGCAGGCCCCCUCUUUGCAAAUGCACAAACACGUACUUAAAAAAAAAAAACUGACCUUGUGCAGCUACCUGCUUGAUUUCUCCCUUCCCAUUUGGAAUGGCUAUUGAAGCAUUGAUGGGACAAAACGGCGGGGAAUGAUGCUGUCCGAGACCCUCGUGCAAAUCAUUGCACAAGAUUUGAAAUCUACCUCUGUGAGGCGGAUGGGGUUUUCUUUUCCAGCAAGUACAGCCUGUGCAAACAUUGCUCAGUUUAACAUGAGCUCUUUGUUUGUGCUUGGAAUGAUUUGCACGAGAGUAUCGCAAUCUCAAGUCUGCUCAGAUUGUUUCAAAUUUUUGUCUACCACUGCCACGUUUCGCUGUGCAAAAAAUCGGCCUUCUUUUCACAUAGUUAUAAAUUUUUAGUUUAUUCUGGGACUAGAUUUCCAGACCCUCUUCAGCAUUUUUUUUUUUUUUCAAUAUUGCACUCUUUGGAUGAAAAGAAAGUUGUCUGUCAUCUUGGUGUACAAGUGUCGAGAGAGGGGCUGACUACAGCGGUUCAGUGUUUUUAAUAAGUGUUUGCAUAUCUAUCAAUAUCAUGUCACCGCCAUUACACCUUGCAUGUAGCGAUAGCUUGUCAAGCGACGGGUUGUAGUACGUUUGUCAAAAAUCUGGUCUUCACUUGAUUGAAAAAAAAUUGGAAUAAAGUGCAUCACAUUCCAAUG